AUGAUGGCCCCGAAUGCAUCCAAGAAGAGGCCUUCCUUUGCCAACGGUCCGAGAAUAUUAGUGGCGUCGAAUGCAUCCGGGAUCAUGUCUGUCACUUGUGGCGGCAGGGAACACGUUGCUGCGGAUAACACGGACGAGGUGAGUGAGCCCGGCGCCACUGGACACAAAUCUCUCUUUUUAGAAAACGGCGUUGCAGGCAGUGGAUUUGUUGCUGAGGGUGAUGCGGACGGAUUGACCCAACGCAAUGCCUCUGGACACGAGUACAAACCCCAAUUACGAGAAUUCACCGCGCAGUAUUCUGUCAGCGGUGUGAGUCUACAGGACGACUGCUUUGCCCUGUGCAACGACGCGAAAUUGACACUGCGAGAGUUAACUGUUGACGGCACUGUGCGUGUGUGCGUGUAUUGGGUGUUGCUGCUUCUUCUGGGAUUGUGUGGGGUUGUGACGGCAGUCUGA